UGAAGCUGGAGAAGGGCGGAGGUCGGAAGAACCGCCGCAUCUUCACCUACACCGAUCACGACCGAUUCACCAACCUAGAGGAGCACUGCCAGAAGGUAACUGACUCAGACUGUGAGAUGCCAUCAUAUCUGGCAGAGAGGAUGGCCAAUGUGAGGAGGAGAAGACAGGACCGUAAGCCACUGGAAGCGAGUUCUCUCAAGUCAAAGAUCAUCACCUGGAAGCCCUCAGAAGAAUUUAUAAAGAACAAUCAUGUGAUUAACACUCCUGUUCAGACUAUGUACAUCAUGGGGGACUUGGGACCUUAUGGGAAGCUUGGUCAGAGGGAAUACGAACAUGUUCUUUGUACAAUCAAGGUGGAUGGCAAUGGGGUGAUCACAGUGAAGCCUGACUUUACUGGCAGCAGAGGAGCCUACUGGAUUGAGCUGGGCGGACAGAAGCGUGAGUUGUGGAAAUACACCAUUGAGAAUGCUUCUGUGCAGGUGCAGCAGGAGGAGGAGGAGCGUGAGCAGCGUGUGCUCAGAGAUCUGUACAGUCGGCACAGGGAGUACCUCAGCAGCCUGGUAGGCUCAGAAUUUGAGAUGACACUUCCUGGCACACUGCGGCUUUUUGUGAAUGGAGAAGUAGUUUCAGCUCAAGGCUAUGAGUAUGACAACCUUUAUGUUCAUUUCUUUCUGGAGCUGCCUAAACACUGGUCAAGCCCCACAUUUCAGCAGCUGUCAGGAGUGACUCAGACCUGUGCCACCAAGACAGUGGGCUGGGAUAACGUGGCAUACUUCUGCUACCCCUUCACUUUGGAGAUGUUUUUCACCCAAGAGGACGAAUCAGAAGACUGUCUCCCUCAGUGGCCCGUUCUCUACUUUGAGGUUCUGUCCCUGGAUUUCUGGCAGAGGUGUCGUGUUGAAGGAUAUGGUUCUUUGGUGCUGCCAGCAUCUCCAGGUCUCCACAUGCUCACCAUCCCUACCUGGCGCCCUGUAGAGCUGGGUGCAGUUGCUGAGAUGAGGAGAUUUUUCAUUGGUGGGUCUCCUGAGCUGGAAGACAUGACCUACGCCAGGAUACCAAUAGCCUUCAAGGGAAAGCAUCUGAGCCGCUUUGGUUUUCGCACAGAGACAACAGGGAAUGUCACGUUCCGGCUUUACUGCCUGCAGCAGUCCAAAGCCUUUCUGGAAUCCAAUGCCUUGAGGCAUCGCAUGCAGAGUGUUCUGGACCGGCUUGGAGGCUUCAGCCAGCAGAGCUCUGUCUACAAUGUUUUGGAGGCUUUCCAGCGGGCUCGGCGUCGGAUGCAGGAGGCCCGUGAGAGCCUCCCCCAGGACCUCAUCAGCACCUCUGCCUCCAGCGUGCAGCGGCCGCAGGAACCCAGACUGACAGACAGACAAACUGACAGCCUCUGCUCCAUGGCUGGGCAGCCCACACCUCUCUGACGGACCUCCCAGCGCCCUGCCCUGAAGGUAUGCUGUUGUUUCGAGGCAUUUUGUUACCAGGCCCUAAUGAUAGAGCCAGUUGUUCAUGUUUCUGCUGAACAGACUGAAAUACUUACAUGAGACCUGUGAGCUUUUUGAAUACUGAAUUGUAAAUGAUCAGAAGAAUUUCAAAUCUACUUGACUUGAUAGAUUUACUUCUUAAAGAAGAGAGUGAUGUUGAAGGUCAUACGAAUGUUGUUUGAGAUUUAAUUAAAUGAGUAGUUAACUUAAUGAUAGAACAUCUGUAGCUCUAGGUCAGUUUUCAGUAAAAUCUGACCACCUGUGAUUUAAGACUGGUUCGUUCCUUGAGAAAGAGAGGGUCCUCAUCACAUGGAAACCAAAGCAAGGAAGUUACGUGUGACGGAGUCCAGACUGGAGGAAAGGGUUACGUUCUGUAUUUCUUUGUGUCUGUGGAAUUUCUGGCUCUUCUAUCUGCAAAGAUGAGCAGAAGGACUUUGGGAAUACAGCUGAAAACAUACUCUUUUUAGUUCGUAGAAGAGCUGGGUUGGAUGUUUUGCAGAUGAGAACGGAUUGUAAUGUUUGCACAGCAGCUGAACUUUGAACUGUUAAGCUCUUCAUCUGAGCUGUGGCUCAUUGCUCCAGCUCUGCAAUACACUGCAAUGUUUACCCAGUUUUUA